CGCGGGCGAGCGGGAACGACGGUGGUGGCGCUGAGGGGCGGCGGGGGCGCGGAGUCGGUGCUGAGCAGGGUCACUACUGGUCGGAGCCACUCUGUUUGGGGUCCUAGAACUCAAGAUUAAUGUACAGCUAGUUCAGGAGCUGGAGAAAUGGCCACUACACAAUCUGUCUUCACAUUUGCUCUCUGCAUUUUAAUGAUAACGGAAUUAAUUCUGGCUACAGAGAGCUACUAUGAUAUCUUAGGAGUUCCAAAAAACGCAUCUGACCGCCAGAUUAAGAAGGCAUUUCACAAGCUGGCUAUGAAAUACCACCCUGACAAAAAUAAGAGUCCUGGAGCAGAAGCAAAAUUUAGAGAAAUUGCUGAAGCAUACGAAACAUUGUCAGAUGAGAAUAAACGAAGAGAAUAUGAUCAGCUUGGUCGUCACGGAGGAAGAGGAAGUAGUGGAAGUCCAUUCCAUCAGUCAUUUAAUUUCAACUUUGACGAUCUCUUCAAAGACUUUGACCUGUUUAGUCAAAACUCGCGGUCAAAAAAGCACUUUGAAAAUCACUUCCGAGGCCAUCGGGAGGCUCAUAACCGGCAAAGACGUUCUUUCCAAGAGUUUUCUUUUGGAGGUGGACUCUUUGAUGAUGUGUUUGAAAAUAUGGAAAAAAUGUUUUCCUUCAGUGACUUUGAAAAUGCACACAGACAUGCAGUGCGAACUGAUGCCAGGUUUCAUGGAUCCAGCAAGCACUGCAGGACUGUCACUCAGAGACGAGGAAACAUGGUUACCACAUACACCGACUGCUCCGGACAAUAAUGUUUCCUUUCUUCUAAACUUUUCUUCUUUACUCAACAUCUUCAUAGUCUUUCUUGGUUUUGUGCUAACAUGGAAGAAAUUCUCUGAACUGUAUUUUUUAAAAAACACUUAAACUGCUAUAAAGAAGUUGUAGAUGAAAUUAAUCUUCAGAAUAGAAACAACAUGCUGUUGGGAAGUAAAUGUGUCAACAACUACUUAGAAUGGGAGAGAAAUAAUCUCAUGUGACAGAAAAAAUUAUAUAUAUUUCAGAUUAGUAAACACUUUCCCUGAAUUUGAACACAAGAUAUAUAUUUUUCAUUUCAGAAAUGUAAUAUAAUUUUUUUCAUGUAAGCCAGUUCAGGACUGAUUGAAUUACUUGUGUGUGGAUUGAAGCACAGGAGAUACUUUAAUUUUGAUGUGCUGCUUUUUUUUAAUCAUUUCUUUCCAAUUUUGCACUUGCAGCUUUUACCUGAUACAGAUUUACUGUGCAAAUUACAUAAUUUACACAAAAUAGCAGCAGAAAUAUAACUUCCUUGGGUCUUUGUUACUCUCUCUAGCAUUGCAAAAGUAUUAGUAAAAACCUUGCUUUUUGAAGUUUGAGAAUAGCAAGGGAAUAUGUGAAGACUGUGAGUGAUGUAGGAGUUAGUUUCAUUUCUGAAUUGGCCUGAAACAAUCUUAGGAUUUGAAUAACCCUUGACUUAUUUAGGGGACAUAGGGAUAUUCAUGUAUGUAAGUUUGUGUGCACACAAAGUUUUUGUUUUGGUUUUUUAUCCCCCUCCUUCCACAACACAAAUAUCUCUCUGACAAGAUUUGGAAGGGCACACCCAAAACACUCUUGUUUUAUUCUUACUAUAUUACCACGUGUGCAAUGUACUUUUUGUAACUCACUUUAUGGAACUAAAAUAUCCCUCUGAGAUCUUAGGAACUUCAGUAGGGUAAGCUUGUCUACAGAUUCAUGGUGUUCCUGAAAGGGCCCUCGUAAAAGCUACAGUGUUUAGAUUGGCAGAUUUAUUACCUGUCAGCAGGAAUUUUUUCAGUGUUGUGAUUUGAGAGGUAAAUUCUUAGCCUAACUGCGGAGUAAAACUGAAGAUUGCAAUCCUUCCUUGUAUUCGUCCAAUGCCUUGUGGAGCUUGAAACUUCUAAUAAGGGCAGCACUAAUGGGUAUUGAUUUUAGCACCAUGGAAACUCACAACCAGUAUGAACUACUUAAAACUAAAAAGGAAGAAAAAACCACCAGAAAAUGCUGCACAACAAAACCCCCAAAUACUUCAGCUGAUGUCAAUCAAAGAGUUCUGUUGUAGCUUAGUUUAACUAGUAUCUUCUGUUUGACUAGUCAUACAGGUUCAGUUUGUUAAAUUGGUUGUCCAUUUAGAACUGGGAAGUAGGAGUUUACCUUUCAGGUUGAUUGCAUGAGCAAAAUAAGCAUUUUAACUAGCAGUGUUCUAAAUAGGCUUUGACUUCUUAAAAUCUUUAUUAAGAGGUUUAACCCUUUGCUUCUUGGAUAGAUAUUGAAAGCUGCCUGUUUGUUAAGGAACUUUGGCCUUCCCCUCCAGUGUACAUAUUAUCACUUGUUUUCAUUGCCUAAUCCUUGGAAUGGAUUGUUGCGCUAUAUUAAGUGCUUUUCCUUUUCUGUGUUCUUCUUUAUUUAUUAAUAGACUAAUACCUCAUAUAUGGUCUUUUAUUAAAAGCCAGUAAUUUGUGCAACAUUAUCGGAAUGUGCAAUAUUCUUACAGUAAGAAAAGUGAUGGAGUGUGCUUGUUUUUUUCACCCUUUUCUGUGUAAGUAGAGAUUUUUGUUUCUUCUGUAUAAUUAAUAUAUGAUUCAAGCAAAAGUUGUACUUUUCUGUAGAUUUCUGCAUUUAUUUUCUUUAACAUACUCCAUUAGUCCUGUGCAUGAAUCAAACUAUCUGCCCAGUUUAUAUCAUAUGGGUAUCCAAGUGAACAAAUUAUUAACUUGAAGUUAUGAAUUACUUUCUCUCACAAAGAUUAAGUAUUAAACAUGAGAGUUUUUGUGAAUGUCCUUUGGUGGGAGGCGACUCUAGAAGUGGGAUGCACAGGUAAAAUAUUAAUGCCUUUCUUAGUUGACUGAAUAUUUUCUUAAUUAAAAAAAAAAAAAAGGAAAUAGCAGAAUGAG